AUGGGCAGGAACCAGGGCAAAGCGCACCAGCGCCUGGCGAGGCCCGGGAGGCCGGCCUCAGGGGAGCAGGAGUCGGGGUCGGCCAGCGCGGACGGCGCGCCCAGCCAGGAACGGCGAUCCGAUCGCGGCCAGGCGGUCAGGGCGAGACCGGCCGCCCAGCCCGCCACCGCCGGGGGCCAGGGAACUGCUGGUGGCCGUAGGAAGCCCAUCGCAGAGGAGAACGGCGGCUGCAGACGCCCAGGGGCUGGGUCGCCCCCAGAGGCCCAGGAGAGGCAAGGCAGCGCGCGGCGUGAGGGACGCGGGCCCAGGGGCGGCCGCAGGGGGCGCCUGGAGGAAGGCAGCCUCUCCCGAGGAGAAGGGCGGGGCGGCCGCCGUAGGAGGAAGGGGAAAGAUCCGGGGCCCUCGGCUCAGCGGGGCCGCCGGGCGCCCCGGAGCCUCGAUGGGGACACGUCGGGUGGGGACGGAGGCAGCUCCUGUCCGGACAGCGAAGCCCGCGAGGCCCAGGAGAGCGGCAGCCAGCGCAGCGGAGCCCAGGAGCUGCGGCCCACCCUGGAGCCUAGGGUCACGGGCUCGGAAGGGACAAAAACCGGGCCGGAGUCAGCGCUGGAGCCAAGCAGCGACAGCCUGGACAGCAACUGGCCCCGCGCAGAUCCCUGGGGCCUGGAAGGGUCGUCAGGGACGGGGCCCCUUGGAGCCAGCGAGCAUUCCGGGGGCGACUCCGACUCCAGUCUGCUGGAGACCGGACCUGGACGGGGCCCCCGGGCAGCUAUGGCCUCCAGGACCUUCGAGGGCAGCUCGCGGGCUCCUCGUGAUACCGGGCCGGCCCAGGACGCGAGCGACAACCGGGCGCAGCAGGGCGCCAAGCCUGAAACAAUGCAGGCCUCGACGGCCCGGGCUCCGCGCCACCGGGUCAGAAAGGCGGCGGGGCGGGUGCCAGCGGCGGCAGGGGAGGGCGAAGCAGGAGCCCCCGCGGGAGCGGGGCCGGAGGACCCAGCCCCGCUGGCGGCCCUCCUGGUGGUCCGCAGGCUCCUCGCGAGGUCCCCGCCAGGCACCACUUCCCAGGCCGUGGGCCCCCGCCGCGCUGGCCUCAAGGAGCGGCUCCUGAGUGUAGCGCGAGCCCUGGGCCUCCUGCGCUGGCUGCGGCGGCGGCUCCUGCUGCGGCCGCGGCCGCCAGAGGGCGAGGGGCAGGGGGCGGGGCCACGGGCGAGCGAGGGAGGGGACGAGGGGCGGGACCACGAGAGAGGGGGCGAGGGGCGGGGCCCUGAGCCCGGGCUGCGGCACCGUCUAGCGUUGCGCCUGGCCGGCUUGGCAGGGCUCGGGGGUAGGCCGAGGGCUCCUCCUGGCGUCCUCUCGCGACCCCCGCAGGUCCGGACAAGCCCAGUCCCCGACGACCCUUUCGAUCAGGAGGACGGAACUCCAGAUCCCAAGUUCGCAGUCGUGUUCCCCAGGAUCCACAGGGCAGGGCGGGCGUCGAGCAGCCGUAGCUCUGAAGAAGCGUCCACAGAUGCCCCCACGGGGAAAGGCCGAAGUUGGCCUCGUGCAGGGGCAGGGGGGCACAGUGAGGGGCGCAGGGCGAGUGAGGAAGGGGUGUCCGUGCUUCGUCGUGGCUCCCUCCUCGCCCCGACUGCCCCCGACGGGCCCUCGCUCGAUGAGAGCGGCUCCAGCAGUGAGGCGGAGUCGGAAACCCUGGACGACGAGCCCCCGGUGCACUGGGCGCAGGGCUCCGGUCCCCGCAAGGGUCCUAGGCUUGGCGCCGCCGUGCUGCUGCCCCGACUCGCCCUGGAGACCCGCCUGCAGCAGGAGGGAGACCCGGGCCUCUGCGGGUCCCUGAGGGAGCGGUGGGAACCCGAGGAUGAGGACGAGGCAGUGCUGGAGAGGGACCUGGAGCUAAGCCUCGGGCCGGGCCUGGAGGCGCCAUCCUUCCCCGGUGCCGAGGGCAGGAGCCUUGGAGACGGCCUAGAAGACAUGGAGGACCUGGCCCGCUUGCGGCUGAUGUGUGACAGCUCUGUGCUGCUGUGCCUAAAGAAGAGAUUUCACCUGGGCCGAAUCUAUACUUUUGGGGGGCCCCUCUUGCUUGUUUUGAACCCCCAUCGACCCUUGCCUCUCUUCUCACCUGAGGUCCAGGCAAGCUACCACCCCAGGAAGGCCCUCAGCACCACCCCACAUAUCUUUGCCAUCGUGGCAUCAGCCUAUGACCUGGCUCAGCAUACCGGGCAGGACCCAUGCAUCCUCCUGCGCUCCUCCCGCUGCAGUGGGCACAGCGGCUCAGGGAAGACAGAAGCCUCCAAAAAGAUCGUGCAAUUCCUAAGCAGCCUGGAGCAGGAUCAGACGCGGAACCGAGGGUGUCAGGUGGAGGAUGUGCUGCCCAUACUCAGCAGCUUUGGCCAUGCCAAGACCAUCCUCAAUGCCAAUGCCAGCCGCUUCGGCCAGGUCUUCUGCCUCUACCUACAGCAAGGGGUCAUCGUGGGAGCCUCUGUGUCUCAUUAUCUACUUGAGACCUCCAGGGUGGUAUUUCAGGCCCAGGCUGAGCGGAGCUUCCAUGUUUUUUACGAGCUGCUGGCAGGGCUGGACUCCAUAGAGCGGGAGCGGCUCUCCCUGCAGGGACCGGAGACUUACUACUACCUCAACCAGGGCCAGGCUUGCAGGCUCCAAGGCAAGGAGGAUGCCCAGGACUUUGAGGGGCUUGUGAAGGCACUGCAGGGGCUGGGCUUGUGCCCGGAGGAGUUGAAUGCUGUCUGGGCUGUGCUGGCCGCCGUCCUGCAGCUGGGCAACAUCUGCUUCUCCUCCUCAGAGCGGGAGUCCCAGGAGGUGGCUGCUGUGUCUAGCUGGGCUGAGAUCCACACAGCAGCCCGGCUGCUGCGGGUACCACCAGAGUGCCUGGAGGGGGCUGUCACCAGGAGGGUCACGGAGACGCCCUAUGGCCAGGUCUCUCGAUCCCUGCCCAUGGAAGGCGCCAUUGAUGCCAGGGACGCCCUGGCCAAGGCCCUGUAUUCGCGCCUCUUCCACCAGCUUCUGAGGCGGACCAAUGCACGGCUGGCACCACCAGGGGAGGAAGGCAGCACUGGCACCAUCACUGUCGUGGAUGCCUACGGCUUUGAGGCCCUGCGGGUGAAUGGCCUGGAGCAACUGUGCAACAACCUCGCCAGCGAGCGCCUGCAGCUCUUCUCCAGCCAGAUGCUGCUGGCGCAGGAAGAGGAGGAAUGUCGGCGGGAGUUGCUGUCCUGGGUGCCUGUCCGUCAGCCUCCGAGGGAAUCCUGCCUGGACCUCCUGGUAGACCAGCCCCACAGCCUCCUGAGUAUCCUGGAUGCCCAGACAUGGCUGUCCCAGGCCACGGACCACACCUUCCUCCAGAAGAGCCACUAUCACCAUGGUGACCACCCCAGCUAUGCCAAGCCCCGGCUGCCCCUGCCCGUGUUCACCGUGCAACAUUAUGCAGGGACUGUCACCUACCAGGUUCACAAGUUUUUAAACAGAAACCGGGAUCAGCUGGACCCUGCCGUGGUGGAGAUGCUUGGCCAGAGCCAGCUCCAGCUGGUGGGCAGCCUGUUCCAGGAGGCAGAGCCCCAGUCCAGGGGAGGGCGAGGCAGACCCACGCUGUCCUCUCGCUUCCAGCAGGCCCUGGGGGACCUCAUAGCCCGGCUGGGCAGGAGCCAUGUCUAUUUCAUCCAAUGCCUCAACCCUAACCCUGGAAAGCUUCCAGGCCUCUUUGACGUGGGACAUGUGACAGAGCAACUGCACCAGGCAGCCAUACUGGAGGCUGUGGGCACCCGCAGUGCCAACUUCCCCGUGCGUGUGCCCUUUGGGGCCUUCCUGGCCAGGUUCCAGGCCCUGGGCUCGGAAGGGCAGGAAGACCUCUCUGACCGGGAGAAGUGUGGUACCAUCCUGAGCCAGGUGCUGGGGGCCGAAUCACCUCUCUGUCACCUCGGAGCCACCAAGGUCCUGCUGCAGGAGCAGGGCUGGCAGCGGCUGGAGGAGCUCCGGGACCAGCAGCGCUCCCAGGCCCUGGUCAACUUGCACCGUAGCUUCCACACCUGCAUCUCCCGCCAGCGCGUCCUGCCCCGGAUGCAGGCUCGCAUGCGUGGGUUCCAGGCCAGGAAGCGGUGCCUCCGGCGGCGGGCAGCUCUGGGACAGCUGAACACCAUCCUGCUGGUGGCCCAGCCCCUGCUCCGGAGGCGGCAGAGACUGCAGCUUGGGCACUGGCAGGGCUGGCACAGCAGCGAAAGGGCCUUGGAGAGAGUGCCAAGCAUGGAGCUGGGGCGCUUGGAGAUUCCGGCUGAGCUGGCCGUCAUGCUGAAGACGGCGGAAGGCCAUCAGGAUGCCCUGGCUGGGAGCAUCACAGAGUGCCUGCCCCCUGAGGUUCCUGCCCGGCCCAGCCUGACUCUCCCACCAGACAUUGACCGGUUCCCUUUCUCCAGCUUCGUCUCCAUCGGCUUCCAGGUAGGUGCCCAGGCCUAAGCUCUUCCCAGUAGCCUCACCAUUCUGAGUUAGCACCUGCCUGGCAGAAGCUGCGUUUUUUCCCCUGCUUUCAGCUAUUUCCCUCCUCCCUCCCCAGCCUUUAGGGCUGUGAAUAGCGCUGAAUUGCUCUGAAAAUAACCGUUGAAUGUAAAUGUCUCACCAUAGAGUGUUAUCAGUGUUAUUGGAUGGGAGAAGUUAUUUAGAUCCACAAUGCCACACCUUUGUUGUACCUGCAGUAGUGCCCUGCUUUUGAAGUCAUGACCUUAACGAUGUUUAUUGACAAGGGAAACUGUCCAGACUUCAGCAGUAAAUACAAAUGCAGGAUUCAAAACUGCACAUACAGUCCGGGCAUGGUGGCUCAUGCUUGUAAUCCCAGCACUUUGGGAG